AUGAAAUUUUUCGAGCAAAAACAAAACUCCAAAAAGCCAAAUUUUCGCCCUCGAGAAACCAACCACAACUUCUGCCGAAAUCCGGACAACGAUCCAAAAGGACCCUGGUGCUACACAACCGACCCCGGAACUCGGUUUGAAUACUGCGAAAUCACCGACUGCAACGACGGAACGCCAAAGACUUGCUGGUCACCUGACGCGCCAUACGAAGGAAAGCUGUCAACAACGACGUCCGGCUUGACUUGCCAGCACUGGUCAAAGAAUCGACCCCACGAGCCGAAAUACAGACCAAGGCGGCCGAAGUUCAAUAGAAAUUACUGUCGAAAUCCGGACGGGGAUGAAAACGGACCCUGGUGCUACACGACCGACCCAGAUGUCAGAUUUGAAUACUGCGAUGUUCCAAGAUGCGAUGAUCAAGCGGAUGAGUCAUCUUCAACAUCUUCCUCGUCCGUCUAUGACGACUACGAGGAUGACUCUUCUUCCGGAGACGAUUAUGAAAACGACUACCACAUUGAUUGGAACACGAUUUUAGGCGAACAUCUCGGAAACUACUUUUACUCGGGAUCGGACUAUCAGAAUUUCAACGCGGACUAUGAUGCGUACGACUACAACUCGACCGAAUUCGACUACGAGAUUGAGAAACAGCUGGAUUGUCAAACGCUUAGUUUGCCGAUUCCAGGGUCGGAUUAUCGCCCUCAUCGCCAUGACAUGUCCUACAUCGGCAACCACAAUCACUGCAGAAACCUCGACUUUGGUCCCGACGAAGCUCCAAGUGGCGCCUGGUGCUACACAACUGAUCCCGAUGUUCGCUGGGAAUUCUGUGGAAUAAAGACCUGCGAGGAAGAGAAUCAACCGUCAUCAUCAAGUGAAGUUGAUUGGAAUGAAAUGAGAUGCGGGAUGGUUGAGAAUAGCGCGAGCUGGGGGCCGAAAGAAGAAAAGCCAAGUCGAUUGAAUAUCAAUGGUCAUUUUCCUCAGCACGUUCUUCGCCGAGGAAGACGAGCAGGAAACCAAAAGCGCGAACUGCGAAUCAUGGGCGGAACCGAAGCUGAAUCUGGAAACUUCCCAUGGCAGGUCGCUCUCCGCCUACGUGAUGGAAAUGGCGAUGUCUUCUGCGGAGGAACCAUCGUUUCAGAAAAUGUUGUCAUCACUGCAGCUCACUUCCUCGACCAUCACAACUACAACGAAGACGUCGUUUAUGGCGACAUCGCUCUUCUUCUCAUCCACGGGAAAUGGAAAUAUUCCGAGUUUGUCCGACCAGCAUGCCUUCCGAAUAGCUCCCGGUACUCGCCAUCACCAAAUGCUGUCUGCGCCAUAUCCGGGUUUGGAAAGACGGAUGGAAGCAAAAAUAUGUUGAACAAGGCGACGCUGCCGAUUGUUGAGUUUAACAAAUGCAAGGCCUUACUUGAGGGUUCCAUAAAGGACCGUUCACAAAUGUGUGCUGGUUUCAUGGAAGGCGGCGUCGACACUUGCCAGGGCGAUUCUGGCGGCCCUCUGGUUUGCGUUUCUGCCGGUAGCUGGACCCUUGUUGGCGUAACGAGCUGGGGAUUCGGCUGUGGAGAAGAAAACAGCCCCGGUGUGUACACGAAUGUGGCGAAAUAUCUCAAAUGGAUUCAUUCUUUUAUUUCUGAACAUGCAUAA